AAGAAAAUCAAGCAAGUCUGCCGCCCUACCUUCGCUUCAGACCUGCAGUUUUUUUCUUGUGCAAUGGACGGCCGCCUAGACGCCACUGAGUUGUACCCUCUGGGAUCCGGCUACGUCCCUGAAAUUGACAGUGUCCAUGACAUAUCAGUUGGCACAAAGAGGGGAUCCGACGAACUCUUUUCUUCUUGCAUACCCAACGGACCCUAUAUCAUGAACUCAGCCAAUGGCAACGACAGUAAAAAAUUCAAAGGUGAUGUCCGCAGUCCUGGUGUUCCAUCACGUGUUGUCCAUGUACGCAAGCUUCCCAGUGACAUCAAUGAGGCUGAAGUCAUAAGCCUAGGACUGCCCUUUGGGAAGGUCACUAAUCUGCUGAUGUUGAAAGGGAAAAACCAGGCCUUCUUGGAACUUAACAGCGAGGAGUGUGCACAGACGAUGGUGAACUACUACUCGUCUGUAACCCCCGUCAUCAGAAACCACCCCAUUUACAUGCAGUACUCAACUCACAAGGAGCUCAAGACGGACAACUCCCCAAACCAAGUGCGUGCCCAAGCAGCUCUGCAGGCAGUCAAUGCCUUGCAUGGAGGUGGAAUGGGAGGCAUGGCUAUUUCUACAGAUGCUGGUAGCAUGGGAGGAGCAGCAGCCCAAAGCCCUGUACUCAGAGUUAUUGUGGAAAACCUCUUCUACCCUGUCACUCUUGAUGUUCUGCACCAGAUAUUUUCAAAGUUUGGUACUGUGCUGAAGAUCAUCACUUUCACCAAGAACAACCAGUUCCAGUCUCUGAUCCAGUAUGCUGAUGCUAUGACAGCCCAGCAUGCAAAACUGUCCCUGGAUGGCCAGAACAUCUACAAUGCUUGCUGUACUCUGAGAAUCAGCUUCUCCAAACUCACCAGCCUCAAUGUCAAGUACAACAAUGACAAGAGUAGGGAUUACACCCGCCCAGACCUUCCUACUGCAGAUUCACAGCCUACCAUUGAUGCCCAGGCUAUGGCAGCUGCUGCAUUUGCUUCACCAGGCAUAAUCUCAGCCUCUCCUUAUGGUGGAGCCCAUGCCUUCCCUCCAGCCUUUGCUAUCCAACAGGCAGCAGGUCUGUCAGUGCCUAGUAUUCCCAGUGCCCUAGCGUCCCUGGGUGUUGGCCACAGUGGCAUGGCAGCUGCAGCAGCAGCAGCCGCCGCCACUCGGCUUGGUCUGUCAGGGCUCGCUGCUGCUGGAGGACAUAAUGUCUUGUUGGUCAGCAACCUGAACCCUGAGAGCGUUACGCCACACUGCCUCUUUAUUCUUUUCGGUGUGUAUGGCGAUGUGAUGAGGGUGAAAAUCCUUUUCAAUAAGAAGGAGAAUGCUCUGGUCCAGAUGUCUGAUGGCACGCAAGCUCAGCUUGCAAUGAGCCACUUGAAUGGCCAGCGUCUUCAUGGCAGGGCCAUGCGUGUGACGUUGUCAAAACACACAACAGUACAGCUGCCCAGGGAAGGUCAUGAGGACCAGGGCCUCACAAAGGAUUACAGCAACUCACCGCUGCAUCGUUUUAAGAAGCCUGGCUCCAAAAACUACUCUAACAUCUUCCCACCCUCUGCAACACUCCACCUCUCCAACAUACCGCCUUCAGUAGUCGAGGAUGAUCUCAGGAGACUAUUUGCCAGCUCAGGAUCCACAGUCAAAGCCUUCAAGUUCUUUCAGAAGGACCGUAAGAUGGCCUUGAUCCAGAUGGGCUCAGUUGAGGAGGCAAUUGAGUCCCUCAUCGAGUUCCACAACCAUGACCUGGGAGAGAACCAUCAUCUUCGAGUGUCUUUUUCCAAGUCCACCAUCUGAGUGCCUUUAUUUCCACCCUCCAAGCCUGUUGCCAUCUGAAUGCUACUAUACCCUAGGUGGCCUUCAGUGGAAAUGGCCUUUAUAGCAUAUUUAUAGUGGUGUUUUUUUUUUUUUUUUUUGUCUAUUUUUUUUAUUAUUAUUAUUUUGGGGGGGGGGGGGGGGGGUUGCUCUGUCAUCCCUCUGUCAAAUCAAAAUUUUUGGGUUUGGUUAUUGUAUUUUUUUUUUAUCCAUACUGUUUUGAUUCUGGUUCUGAUUACCUGUCCCAAUCUGAGGAAAAAAAUUAUUUUGUUUAUCACAUUUGGCAUCAAGGACUUUUUUUUUUUGGUAUGAGAAUACAGACAAAUGUGAAUAUUGCUUUUUGUCAUGCAUAAAUUGGCUUCUGUACAUCUACAUAGUUGAUUUAAAUCUGUUGUAUACAGGAUACAAGUACAAAACCUUGCAUAUUUAUGCCAUGCUACAUUAAGCAAGGAACAGUUUGCAGGAGAAAAAUCAAAUUCUUGACAUCUGUGUUCCCUUAAGUUUGGCUACAAUCACAAGUGCCACCUCCUGCUUGUAAGAAUGUAAACACUGCAUGAAGUGUUACACCGCCAGUGUAACAGUUAUUAGAAACAAAUUUGCUGUGGAAUCAGAACAGAAUCACAGUAUGUUUCUGAUCUAGUUUGGUACAAGACAGGUUGUUUGCAACCAAACCUGAUGAUUUGUUUAUUCCAACAAAGUUUAUGAGGCGCAGGGGAAAUGGGCAAUAUCCAGCGAUAAAACGUAUAAGAGAGGAAGAGACAGCUGUUGAAUUGUCCCUUAGACCAAAAUUGUUUGAAGACACCCUCCACCAGAGGUGUAAGUGAAUGAGUUAUAGCCACACCAGACAUGUUGGCAUUCCUUUCAUCAUUGUUGCUGUGUGCAGAUAUGUGUGCGCUGCUUUGAAAAGCCACUUUGAUUUUGUUUGGCCAGUUAAGACGGUUUGUAACGAAUGAUCACCAACUUAUUUUAACUUGUAACUACCCACCUUUCUUUUUGGGAUCCAUACCACUAUCAGAAGUUAGUCAAUAUGGAUGUGAUUUUCUUUUACUGUCUUUGUUGUAGGCUUGUGCCUUACUUUUCCUCGCUAGAUUGCCCUGGCUUGAUUUGGAAAUGGCUCACAAAAUGCCCAUUUUCUUUUUUUUUUUUUUUUUUUUUUUUCCCAACAUUGUUAAAUGAGCAAAGCAGCUCAUUUACUCUAUUUCUUUAAACACAAAUGUUAUCGUAUGCAUAUAGCCCAAUUACAUGUAUCUAGAAACAAUGAAUGUAAGUCAGUUAGAUGAUUAAUAUUGUUUGUAGGUGAUGUAGCUCUUAGAUGUGGUGUUGCAGCUGUAUUCAGCCUUCCUGUCUUAUAGUCCCUUGUCACUUCCAUGUAGUCCUCUGGGGGCAGUGGUUUCUGGGGCUUCAUUUAACCAUAUUAGUUCAUCGAUAUGUGUACACCUAUAUAUUCAUUUAUCUUUUAUUAGAAAUUACAUGUGUAUCUUUUCUGAACUUAACUGAUGCCUAUGUGUAGUGGCUGAGUUUGAUGGCUAUUGCAGUGCCUUGACUCUUUGAGUUUUAAUCUGAGGCUGAAACUAGCCUGGUCAGUUGACUUUGUUUACUCCCUUUCAGGUGUUUCAUUUUACCUGUCUGCAAGAAUGCCUUUGUCUCAUUAUAUUCAGGUAAUCUCACCUAGGGAAAGGGCAGCUUGGAGGCAUUUGUCAGUUGAUGGUUAAGACAGUCUUGGACUGUUUAAAAAUCCAGAGUGUUUUAUUUUUUUUUUUUCUCCUCUAAUUCAGGAAACCAGAUAUACAGAGUGAGAUAGCCCCUCACUCAGUUCCUGUCUGUGUACACUUACGCCACAGUCGGGUACGUUAGUGCACUUUUCCUCAAUGUUAAGUCCAAGUUGGCACCAUCACGCUGAAGUCUUAAACCUUGUCACAUUCCUGCGUGCCUCAAGCACCAGUUUCCACAGACUCCACUGCUGUAGUCUUGGACCAGUUACAGAUGAGCUCUGUUUCUAUUUUUAUAAAAGAUUCUUAUGCAUGACUUAACAAAGCUUCAUGUAGCUGCAGACGGUUAUUGCUGUUAAGGACCAAAGUAUGUUUUGCCCUUGCUGUUUUGUAGUGUUGUGAUUUCCUACUUUUUCUCUCUCCUCCCCCCACAUUCCUGAUGUUUUAAAAAAACAGAAUGCUCCACUUCAGCUUUCUGUUCCUCAGAUGCCUUGGACAAGUUGCAUUAAGUUAAAUUGUCUUUUGAGUAACAACCUAUACUGUAUAUUGUAUCCUUAUUUGUUUCACUUUACAAAGAGCCAACUUUAGUAGAUUGCUUUAGAGUGGAUACUUAAUUGAGCACAGUCCUCGCUGUGAGUGUAGAAAAUUAUAUUCCUUUCAAUUUUGUUAAAGCUUUUAUGUUUUUCCUUUUUAUAUGGGGGCAGGGUGGGGUUAAUGUAUGAAACGGGGUUGAUGGUUGUAUAUAUUCAUGCUUUUGUACCACAGAAUAAUUUGGAUUAUAUACACUUUACGUUCAAAACAUGUAUAUUUUGAUAAACAGUACAAACAUAUUAAGCUCUUCUGAGCUGUAAAACAAGAAAAUCUUUUGUAACACAAAGACAUUAAACCUAUCUGAACACACGAGUGUCUCUGUAUGUGCCCCACUCCCCCCUUUGCCAUUCUGAUCUUGUUUCUUGCAUCUUCUGCCUUCAAUAAAUCUUUAGUUUGUUCCUUC